UGUCAGGCCGGUUAGGCGGUCGACGGGCUUGCUGGGGUGAACUCGCAUGGAAGUUAUUUCUGUUCCUAUGUGCGUAAGAUGUUCGUGAUCGUUUGUUCGAGUUCCGUGUCGCGCUUAUUCGACGUACUUCCACGAAGGAACUGUCAUCGAAAACGCGACGCAGAGGUGUCAGUAGUUUAACCGGUUUAACGCUUCUACUGCUUCUACACCGACCACUUCGGGUCCACGGGGCCACAAGAAAAAGCCAUUAUGGCCAGAGAAGUGUUAGACUCAACGCCAGAGGACAAAUCUUUGAACGGCCAAACCAUGUCCGGGGACCAUGGGUUGCGGACAUAUGACAGCAUCAAUGGGACAGAAGGUCCGCCCCCUUCUGGGCGGAAGAUCUUCACGCCGUCCGAUCAGGCCUACUUCCAGCAGCAGGUCAACAUCCCAUUCAUGGAAGACACUAGGUUCAGCUUCCGGAAACUCUGGGCCUUCACAGGCCCUGGAUUCCUCAUGAGCAUAGCAUACCUGGACCCAGGGAACAUUGAGUCCGACCUUCAGUCUGGCGCUCUCGCUGAAUACAGGCUGCUGUGGGUGCUGUUGUCGGCCACACUGCUGGGGCUCAUGAUGCAGCGCCUGAGCGCCAGGCUAGGAGUGGUGACCGGCCUCCACCUGGCCGAGAUGUGUCGCAGGGGCUACCCCCGCUUCGCCCGCAUUGUCCUCUGGAUCAUGGUCGAGAUUGCCGUCGUGGGGUCCGACAUGCAGGAGGUCAUUGGAACUGCCAUCGCCAUCUUCCUCCUCUCCAGGGGAAAGGUGCCGCUGUACGCCGGGGUCAUAAUCACCAUACUGGACACCUUCACCUUCCUGAUGCUGGACAAGUAUGGCCUGCGGAAGCUGGAAGCCUUCUUCGGGUUCCUCAUUCUCGUCAUGGCGGCCACCUUUGGCUACGAGUACGUGAAGGUGGCCCCGGACCAGGUGAAGGUGGUGGAAGGCCUGUUUGUCCCCUGGUGCGCCAACUGCGACAACCGCGCUCUGCUCCAGGCAGUGGGCAUUGUGGGGGCCGUCAUCAUGCCGCACAACCUCUACCUUCACUCGGCUCUUGUCAAGUCGCGGAACGUUGACCGUACCGACAAGACUCAGGUCAAGGAGGCCAACAAAUAUUACUUUAUCGAAGCCUGCAUCGCCCUCUUUGUUUCGCUCAUCAUCAACAUUUUCGUCAUGGCAGUCUUCGCACAUGGCCUCUAUGGGAAGACAAACCUGGACAUUUGGACUCUUUGCCAAGGGACUGAUUACAAGAAUGUUUUUGAUAAUAACACUGAGGUUGUGGAUGUGGACAUCUACAAGGGGGGCGUCUUCUUGGGCUGUGCCUUUGGCAUGUGGCCCCUGUACAUUUGGGCCAUUGGUAUUCUGGCCGCUGGUCAGAGCUCCACCAUGACCGGAACUUACUCUGGACAGUUCAUCAUGGAGGGCUUUCUCAACCUUCCGAUCAGCCGCUGGCUGCGAGUGCUGAUUACGCGGCUGAUCGCCAUUGCCCCGACGGUGCUGUGUGCCGUCUUCGGUAGCAUGGACCAACUCUCCGGGAUGAACGACCUGCUCAACGCCCUGAUGAGCCUGCAGCUGCCCUUUGCCCUCAUCCCUACCCUCACCUUCACCGCCUCUGCCGCAGUCAUGGGGGACUUCAAGACUGGAGCUGUGACCAAGGUGGCUGCGAGCCUGCUGUCGGCGGUGGUGAUUGCCAUCAACCUGUACUUUGUGAGCAACUUUGUCAGGAAGGAGCUGCCAGACCACUGGGCUGUCGACCUAGCCAUGGUCGUCUUCGGCAUCCUCUACCUUGGCUUCAACUUGUACCUCGUGGGCUGCCUCCUAGUGGUUUUUGGCUGGACAUCUCUCUUGAGGAUUCCUAUGAUUGGCCACCACUUCCGGGAACGUAACGACCACUCACUCUUUCUGAGCCAGUCGAGCCCAGAUGUGUCAGUGGCACAGGGGGACAGCGUACCAGUUAGUUCCAAGUUAUGAUGAAUGGCACUAGCGGAGGGUGGAGCUUCUGUCCGUCGACGUAGUGGUUACUGGUUCACGGGGACUGCAGAAUGGGCAAGACGUAGUCAAUGCUUGCUUUGCUAGUGCAGCACUCGAAGGUCCUUUGGGGACUGCGAGUCCCAGCGCCCAAACAUGACGAGCAGCCGUGAACCGCAUCUCAUUGUUUUUUUUACAUGCAUUGUUGGAGUAUAGUUUGUUGUUGCUUUUACUCGCCUGCUAUAUAGUAGAUAUAUUUUGUUACUUCUAAUUGAGAGUCUUACGAGUUUGUAUUUUAAAUGACGGUCAAUAGACAUCUAUCAAUCUGCUUGUCUGCUUUCUACGGUAAAAUGUGCAUUAAUCGAUUGAAAUUGUUUUACCAUAAAAUACUGAGCAUCCGCCCAUCCCCCACUUUCUUGCGAUUAUAUUUCCAAAUUUUGAGUGGGCGCUUGAUCUGCAUUUUACGGUAGUUGUGAGCCACACAUUCAUUUGUUUGUUGAGAAAGUUGUCAAUAGACCAUAUGUGAAAUUGUUCAGAUGUCUGGCAACACUCUGUGCGCUGCCAUCUUUGUUGCGUCAAGACUCCUCUGCUGUUUGUCAAUACACGUUUGCAAGUGCGGUCUGAGGGCGCUGCCAUCUUGCUGAGUGGGGUGCGCUUGGGCGCAGCCAUAAUCCGAUUAUGAUGCCUUAGCAAGGCUUCGUAAUCGGAUUAGGACGCGUUCAAGCGCACUUCAGGGAGCAAGAUGGCAGCGCCCUGAAGCCGGACUUGCAAAUGUGUGUAGACCUAUUGCUACAUUAUCCAAGCAUCAAGGAGAAUGCAGGGAUUGGUGUUCCACGCGCCGCACAUGCUGGCGUCAGCAGCAGCAACUUUUCUAAAGCAAAUACCUAAAACUAAUGGCAUCUUGCUCGCGCGUUCGUCAACGCUUUAUUUUGGUUAUUUACUUGGAAUCUUUUAUACAAGGAAGGCGUGCGCGUGUGGUGCAUGGAACACCAAUUCCUGCAUUCUCCAUAAUGCUUGGGUAAUAUAGGAAAUGGUCUAUUUCGUAGUGUUGUCGGUAACAAUCGAGGCCUACUGCUCACCGUCAUCGAUCCUCACCCUGCGAGCUAAGGGUUAGUAUUGUUUUACGCUCUUCUUGUGCAUGUACGUGCUUGUCACCCUGCUGGUCGCUGGUUUCUCGCCGCAACCAACAUGGCAGAUGUACACUUAAGUUUGAAAUUCAGCUUUGAGUGCCGGCAAAGGCACGGGUGCCUGGUUUUCGAAAGCGCUUUCUUUGCGCAAGUGCUUGUGCGAGCGAAAAAUUCUUCGGAGGUGCGUUUCCGCACCCUGGCAUUCGCCAGCGCCAAAGCCAACUGGUAAGAUGGAGCUUGUUUUUUGGCGCUCCACUAGGUGGCACUGUGCAUUUACAUAUGGUCUAUUGAAAAAUCCUCAGCAGUAUUAGCGACAGCUUGAAACGCACAGAAUUGGGUAGUUGUUCUUAAUUAAUCUUAUUUUUUUGCCAUAGUGAUUAGUGAGCAGGAGACACCCAUACUGUGAUUACUGUUAUCUUUCUUUUGCUUGCUGAGUCUUUAGCGCACUCAACUGCAAUUUUCUCAUCGGUGCCUGUGCCUCGCACAAUUUUGAAUGGAUAUCUCUUGGUUGAUCCAUCUUGGUUAAAUGUACUAGUGCAGGAAAGCAACAGUCAGCUGAAAGAGUCAUGUCUUUCUAGGUGGUUUUGCGUUUUACAUUUCUUUAUCGUCAUCAUCUGCCACAUUUGCAUUUUUCAGUUUUAUUAUUAGAUAUCGGUAGAUAUUUUGCGAGGUGCCAACAUAUAUCGUUGAACCAAUGCAAACAAUGUAUAGUAUAGCCUAUAUUUACACUGUUCAAAGACUCUGUGAUCUCCAAACUUUCUUUUUGCAGCAUAGUUGCAAGCCCUUUGAGAUGGUUUUUUGAGGAAGGUAAAAACUAUUACAAGUUAUAUUUAUGUGACAGACAGUUUUUUCGUCACGAUUGCUCGAGCCUUUACCAGUCGAAUAUGCCUUAAGGUGAGGUUGAAACUUUUGGACAUUUUAUUUCUGUGAUGUGUGGGGUGAAGUUUUUGGAGACAAAGAGUAGUUGUAUGUGUACAGGUUGUCGUUCCUCAGCUGUGAUUUGUUUAUAGUACUCUCUUCUUUUUCUCUGGGGCUGCUUCUCUACUAAUCUGUGAGCAGUAUGGAGGUAAAUAUUGUGUUGGCAAGUUUGGGCGAUAUUGUUUUGCUCUGUCGCAGACUGUUCCAACAUUUCUGGAGGCCGGAAAAGCAUUUCCCACAACUUCGGAUAAAGCUUCCGAUAACUGGCAACAAUGAUUUUAAGCAUCAAGCUCGAGCUAACAGCUCCUGGGAAUAGUGCCAUUCAUUCGGGUCAUACAGCUGCAAAGUGUCCUCCACGCUUCUACCGCGAUCAGUCAUACUUCUGGCUCUGGUGUUUCCGGUACACCGGCCUGCCUGCUUUUGGGCUCGGAGCUACGCAAUACUACACAGAGUGACCUAUUUACUAGCUAUACAGUCAGACAGCUAGGAAAGUGCCUAUUUUAGGCUCGAUGAGACAUCUCGUUAAUAUUUAUUGAGGACAAUUUCUAAUCAGACUAUAGUUUGGGAAAUAUCCGGUACCAUGAAAACCUGUUUUUGUGAUUAGCUAAUAAUAAAGAUAGUUUUAUACCCAGUAA